AUGAAACGCACAACCGAUCCUGCAGCAGCACCGUUGCCCAAGAGACUCAACACCGAAGCUGCUCCCGCCGACGUCGACAUUCCCGACGCAGCCACCAUGUCCUCCACCAACGCUGCCGAAUCCAAGGAUUUCUUCAAGCCCAUUGGCGAACACGUUGCCGAUGGCGACCAGCCUACCUCCACCGAGGUGGAGCAAAAGAUGGUGGACGAGAUCGACUCGCUCUGCAUGGACUGCCACCAGCAGGGCACCACGCGCAUGCUGCUCACCUACAUCCCCUACUUCCGCGAGGUGAUCGUCGUGUCGUUCUCGUGCCCGCACUGCGGCAACCGCAACUCCGAGAUCCAGUCGGCCGGUCAGAUCCAGACCAAGGGCUGUCUGUACACCGUCCACGUCACCAACCCCACCGACCUCAACCGACAGGUCGUCAAGUCGGAGCAUUGCACCAUCACCAUCCCCGAGCUCCAGAUCGAGAUCCCGCCCAAGAAGGGCCAGCUCACCACCAUCGAGGGCGUCGUCAGCGAUACGCUGCGCGACCUCGAACUCGACCAGCCCCUCCGCAAGCACAUGCAGCCCGACGCGUACGCAAAGAUCGAGGAGGUGUGCGACAAGUUGAGGAACAUCCUUGGCGAGGAGAAGGCCGACGAGGAAGCCGCCGCCAAUGAUGAGGGCACCACCUCGGGGCUGCGAAGCCUCGGUCCUGUCGGUGGCAGCUCCAACACCAUGUCGGCCGAGCAGAAGGCGGAGCGCACGGUGCCCCCCUUCUCGAUUCGGCUGGACGAUCCAUCGGGCAACUCGUUUGUCGAGUUCAUGGGCGACGUCCAGGGCCGCGGCAUGUCGGAUGCCAAAUGGAGCAAGCGCGACUACCCGCGCACCAAGGAGCAGAACGAGCUGCUCGGUCUCUCUGGCACAUCCACCGCUCCCGCCACGGAGGGCGAAGAGCUGCACACGACCGGCUUCGACAAAGACGCGGGCGAGACCGAAUUCGACAACGAGGAGGUGUACACCUUCGCGGGCACAUGCUCGUCGUGCAACGCCCCCCUCGACACACGCAUGAAGAAGGUCAACAUCCCCUACUUUAAAGACAUCCUCAUCAUGUCGACCAACUGCGACAACUGCGGCUACAAGGACAACGAAGUCAAGUCCGGCGCUGCCAUCUCGGAGCUGGGACGCAAACUCACGCUGCGCGUCGAGGACAAGGAGGACCUGUCGAGGGACGUGCUCAAGUCCGAAACGGCGGGUUUUGCGAUUCCGGAGAUCGACCUUCAUCUGGCGCCGGGUACGUUGGGUGGAAGGUUUACGACGUUGGAGGGACUGUUGCAGCAGGUGUAUGACGAGUUGUCCGAGCGCGUGCUCAUGCGUGGCGACUCGUCCCAAAACGCAGAUAACUUUGAGGGAUUCCUGGCGCGGUUGAAGAAGGUCAUUGCGUGCGAUGAACCCUAUACGGUCGUGCUGGACGAUCCGCUGGCGAAUUCGUAUAUUCAGAAUCCUUAUGCGCCCGAUGUCGACGAACAGCUGACGGACGAAAAGUACACCAGGUCUUGGGACCAGAAUGAGGACCUUGGGUUGAACGAUAUCAAUGUCGACAACUACUCGAACGAUCCCGAACUCCAGUCCCAACCCCAGCAACCCCAGCAGUAA